GGGGUGGGCUACUCAGGGACUGAAUUUCUUAAGACGUGUGCCAGGACUCCCGGGAAAAGCGUUUGGUCUGAGGGUGGAGGAGUUCAUUAAAAAUCUCUUGUCAGAGAUUGUCAUAGGUGUCUGACUUUUGGAGGAUAAAAUCAUGGCCAAUCGGCUCCGUCAUGUUCUGUGUGGCAUUGUGACUUUCUAUGGUACGUUCGCUGUUUAGGUGAGAUUGAGUCUCUGGACCAAGCCAUUCCUGAACCUUUCUUGAAGUUAAGCUUGCUGGCCUGCCGCUGUUUGCCCUUCGUGGCUGAUUUUCUAGUUGUUGCUUUUCCUGAACAACUGGACAGAUAGACUGUUUUAUCUCUGGUUUUCUUCAGGCCAAUAGCAGCUGCCGAAAGGUCCAAACUCCAAGACCCAAGUCUUGCCUAGUGGAAUGGGCAGUAGGAGCCAGGAGCUCCUACUGAACCUUAGUCUUGGCUGGGUUAAAGGAUACCCAGAAUCAGGGCCUCUCAUGGGAGAUGGAGGGGGAGUGGCUGAUUCUUAACACUUUGCACCACAGGGUUAUGGAAUCUGGUGAUUCCUGAAACCCCUUCCCAGAAAGGGAAGCACAAGCUGGCUCCCAGGGCUUUGCCCAAGCUGUCAUUAACCAGGUGAGUGGGUGAUUGAAACUCCAUGCUGAAUCAAAAGCACAACUUUCUGGGCUUUCCCCAAAAGAACAAUGACCCACUCAAUAAACCACAUUAUGAUGAAGGGGUGGGGGCAUGGGCAAAUGCAUGGUGUCAGAUCCAGAAAAGGAACCACUGGGUAGUUGCAUUUCUCUGAAGGAUGACAUGGCUUCAGUGCAAAGGAUAGAAGCAAAGUACUUGACCUUCUCCCUGGUAAGGUUAGGGUGUGACAGGCAUUCAACAGCAAAUGCCUCUCAGACUCCAAUUUCAGGAGUUGACACCAUGAAUUAUUUAGAAUGGUGCUCUGGUUAGACAUCCUUGCGCUCUUAUUGGAAGGGGAUAAAGGGAGCCAAAAUCAAAUUUAAUUUAACGUACUCAUAAUAGCUGAAAUUUAAAAUAACAUUUAACGUGUCGGUCAUUGUCCAUAGCACUUUCUAUAUUAACUCCUUUUAUAUGCUAGUGUGAGCUUGUGAAAUAUAUAUUUAAUCUUCAUCCCCAUUUCCUGGCAAACAACUCCUAAAAUUCUUGGAUCCCAAAGCAGUAGUGCCUUUUUGUAUGCUAAUGAGUUGGGUUGACCCAGUAGCUUCUGGGUGGGGACUGGUCACCAAAAAGACCAAAGCAGGACUUUAGAAUAUUGGAACUUUCAGCCUCAUCUCCUAAACUGGUGGGAAAGGGAGAGAGGCCGAAGGUUAAGUUGAUCACCAAUGGCCCAGGAUUUAAUGAAUAUGCCUGUGUAAUGAAGUCUAAAUAAAAACUCAAAAGGACAUGGUUGGAGAGUUUUGGGUAGUUGAACAAGUGGAGGUUGCCAGAGGGUGGGACUCUCUCUCCCAUAUUUUGCCUUAUGCAUGUCUUCAUCUGUAUCCUUUGUAAUAACUUUAUAAUAUACUUGCAAAUGUGUUUCCCUGAGUUUUUGUGAGCCACUCAAGCAAAUUAGUCAAACCUGAGGAAGGGGUUUUAUGAACCCCAAUUUAUAGCCAGAUGAUCAGAAGCACAGUGAAACAAUGCAGGGGGUACUGCACCCUCAACCCAUGAGAUUUGACACUCUCACAUAGUGUCAGACUUGAGUUAACUUAGAGGAUACGCAGCUGGUGUCUGUUAUUGCAGAAUUGCUGUUGAGGAGGAAUUCCCACACUUUUUGAGAGAAGACUUCUGUGUUGAUUGUGGUGUAAGAAUGGAGCAAGGUGGGCACGGUGGCGCACGCCUGUAAUCCCAGCAGCUUGGACGUCUGAGGCAGGAGGAUUGCAAGUUCAAAGCCAGCCUCAGCAAUUUAGCAAGGCCCUAAGCAACUCAGUGAGACUCUGUCUCUAAAUAAAAAUACAAAAAAGGGCUGGGGAUGUGGCUCAGUGGUGGAGUGCCCCUGAGUUAAUCUGAGGUACCAAAAAACAACAACAACAACAAAAAAAGGAACAAACAUGGUUUGACUUUCCAGUAAGUAGGUAUUUCACAGAUAGGGAAACCAGGAUACUCAGCAGUUGAGUAAUCUGCCCAAGAUCACAGAUAUUGACAAAACUGGAAUUUGAACCCUGGCAUGCUCCAGAGAGUUCAAGCUGCUAACCACUGGGGGAGAAGAAACAGCUUGGUUUUCAUUAGUCCAGCUUCUAAGGAGAGAAAUCAACACAAUAGGCGAUUUUGAAGACACUUGCUUACCCAGUGCAGCUCACCUUAACAUUCCUCGCUUUGGUUUUCAGUGCUGGCACUGCCAAAGGAGAUGCCUGCAACGGAAGAGACUUUGACCUUCAGUUUCCUCCUCUUAGGUCAGAGUUGAGGUCAAUCCAGAAACUCAGUUGGUGAUGUCACAGCUGGUAAUUGUGCUUCUCCCUCCAAGUUCAUGGCUUUACCACCAGCAACACCAGCUCCUGGAGAGGAAGUGGAGGGCAGGGGGAUUUCCAUCAAGCUGUCACAGUCCAGGGGAAGAGUUUUGUACUUUUGGCUGAAGGGGGGCCCAGACGGAACUCAAAGGCUCCUAGGCGAAAAGACCAGAGCCCUAACUCCAUAAACUACUAGAAUAAAUGUGGAACAAUGGGUGCAAAACAAGACUUUCAUUCCUAGCUUGUGCUCAGCAAGUUGGAAAACUUUUUCCAAAUGCAGAGUUGAAGCUAAAAAGAGCGGCUGCCUCUCCAGGGUAACCUAAAAAUGCAAAGUGGUCAGGAAUGGCUAGCAAACAGUGUCAUAGUCUAAAAUGCUUGCAACCAAGGAGCCAUAGCUUAUCAAGAAUCAGUCCUCCUUGGGAUUUUUCUCUACAGGAUGGGUUUUUGGUUUUAACUCAUCCCGACCUCCACUCCCAAACAGCCCUGAAGCCAUGGUAGUUGAGGCAGCAGGACUCCCUGUGUGACAGACAGCAAAGCUCCUCAGAUGUUGAGAGCCAGAAUAGCUCCGUCUGUUCCACUUGCUAGUCUCCAGGGAACUCCUUUACAGGCAAGGUGAGCUUUGGCUUCCAUUUAGUGACAUGAAUACUCAUUUCUUAUACAUGAAAACCAGGGGGUGGCCUCUCAAAACCAUAACUAGGCUGAUUGAUUAAGUCCCUUUAGACAAAGUAAAAUGAAUAUUUAGUUGAGGAGCAAUGAAUUGCUUAUGCCUGAAAGCCGACUUCAGAGAGAAGCAUAAACUGCUUAGGAAAGAAAUGGAAAGAUCUGAACCUUUGUUAUAUUAAAAUGACUCCAAGACCAGCAAGGUUACAGUCUGCACAGCUGAAGACCAACUGGGGAUCGGCUACAUAUGGGAGGGAGAGUGCUGGUUAGUAUUCUUGUCCUGCUGGUCUCCUCUUUUAAAUUAUAUAUUUAUUGUUGUUGUGCCUCCUAAUUAUAUAGCAUGGGCACAUGCAUUUGACUCAGCUAUAUAGAGCUCUUAAACUUUUAAUGUCUUCCAACUAGGAAUUUUAAGAGCCCUAAUCCAUCUAUUCUUGUCCAUUACUCAGAAUGCUGGACAAAUAUGGUUUUGCUCAGCCCAAGAUGGAUGAUAAAAGUACUGUAGUGUUUAUAAAACAUGAUUCCAGCUUCAUAGAGCUGCAGAAUUUAUAUAUUGUUGCUCAUUUGUUUUUGAUGUCUCAGAUCCCAGGGCAAUGUCAUUAAACGAUGAUAUCUUCAUGACUUCCUUAUGGGAAGCAGAGAAACCACUUUAAUAGAGUAGUAUUUAUAAACAGAGGGCUCCAAGAAAGUAGAAACUUCUCCUUACACUCUCUCUCUGCGUUCUUCUAUUUCUCAAGAAACUCCCUGUAUGUGAGUUUGGUACAGAGCAUUAGCUCUGGGUUUCUUCCUGGCGAUUUUUCUUACUAAAUUUUAAUGAUUGUCUGAUCUUUGAGAAAAUCCUCUUCAGUUUCAAUUAAAUGAAGGGAUAUUGAUAAGAAUGAUCUUGCUCCAGAUCAGUCAGUACCCAGGGUGCACAUAAGGGUUGCUCUAUCAUAGUGGUAAAGAGCACUGAUUUUGAAAUCACCAUGAGGUUUGAAGUUACCUCUGCCAUUUAUAUGAGUGACCUGGGGGAAACUUGUUGACUAUCCAAGCCUCAGUGGUGUCAUCUAUAAAAUGGGUGAUAGUAACAUCUAGCUCAUAAGAUUGAUACGAAGAUUGAGAUCAUACAUUUUAAGACCUUAGCACAUAGUAAAUGCUCAAUAAAUAGUAACAAUUCAUUCAACAAGUAUUUCCUCAGCACUGACCCUGUAUUUUGUAUUUGAAUUCCUUUGACACCUUGGAAGAACCUUUUAACACCAGUGUUAAAAGUGCUGUGAAGGGCUGGGCAUGUGGCUCAGUGGUGAAGCACUUGCACAGAUGUACAAGGCCCUGGGUUCAAUCCCCAGCACUAUGAAAGAGAGAAAGAGAGAGAGAGAGAGAGAGAGAGAGAGAGAGAGAGAGAGAGAGAGAGAGAAAAAGAAAGAAAGAAAGAAAGAAAGAAAGAAAGAAAGAAAGAAAGAAAGAAAGAAAAAAUGUGCUGUGAAUUACGUGGUGGGCAAGGGGAGUCUUCCUUUCAUAAAGUUUAUAAUCCAGUAGAGAAAAUAAGAAAAAGCAAAUAAGAAUUUACUCUUGGUUGUGGUUAGGGUUUUUUUUUUUUUUGUUGUUUGUUUGUUUUUAAAGGACAGAGUAAUAGGAUAAUUUAAGACUGGGGCUAAUUUAAGACGGACAAGGAAGACCUCUCUGAAGUUUCAUUAGCAAUAGCCAAUAAUAUCAAUACAACUAUCUAAGGACCUUCUGGCCACAAAUAAUGACCAGGACUUCUCUGAAUUAUUCACUUAUCAGCGAGGCAAGCCUCAACAUCUGAUUUUCAGCCAAGAAAUAAAGGGGAUGCCUCUAAAGCCAGGAUGAAAACGCUUCUGGUUGUAGGAUUCAUUUAUCAAGGAGACUGCAGGAUGGAUUUCCACUGAGAUAAUCAACGGAAGGAGCAGGGGGGUUAAUUGAACUGUGAGCUGCUGUUUAAUCAGUUUCCACCCUGGAUAGUGUGAGAGGAGGGCAGCUCCCCUUCCUUCUGACCAUUUUAUUGAAGACGAGGGAGUCGGUAAAACUGAAUCAAGGCAAGCUUUGGACAUGAUAACUUUUUUUUUUUUUUCCUUGCUUGAGAAAUGCAACCCCAGGUUUAAGUAGGCAGAGGAACAAGCUGGAGUCAGUCGGCUUCCUCCAGAAGACUUCACCUGACUUCCCACCCACAGCUGGAGGAGCCCCUCCGCCUCGAAAUUCCCACAGCACCAGGGAAUCUUCUUGAAUCAUUUCCUGUUUCUUUCUGUCUGUCUCUCAUCAAACUGUGACCUCACAGGCUUUGUCAUCUCCCCUAGGUCUCCCACAGUGUCUAACCCAUAAUAGAUGCUCUGUAAAUGCUUGUCUGGCAGAUGACAGUUUUAAUUUUUAAUUCCAGAAUUUGUAUUUGAAUUCCUUUGACACCUUGGAAGAACCUUCCCCCUUUAACAAAGCAGAGAAUCUCGAUUGGUUCUUGGUGAGUAGAGGCAGCAAUUUGGGGGGUCACCACAUCUUAGGGACUUCAUUCAGCCAGUUGAUACCCUCAUUGCUAGCAGGCUCCCCAAGGCUGUCUAUGAUGAGUAAAAUGUCAGCUUGGGGGAUUUUAGUUAAGAGGUUGCCUUUCGUGUGCUGAACCCAAUGUGGAAGGGUUUCACAGCAAAGAUCCAACAGGCUGCUUAGGUAAGUCAACAGGAGGACUGAGGGGAAAGUUUCAUUAAGAAAAGCUAUACUGAGCUCGAUAGGCUGAGCCAGGAGGAUUGCAAGUUCAAAGCCGGCCUUAGCAACUUAGUAAGACCCUGUCUCAAAAUUUUAAAAGGCUGAGAAUAUGGCUCAGUGGUUAAGUGCCCCUAGGUUUAAUCCUAAAAAAAAAAAAAAAAAAAAACAACUAUGCUAAUCUUCCCCUUGCCAGCACAGUGGCCUGAGAGGACAAUGUCUGUUGAUGACUUGGUCCGAAGAGAUUGCACCUGUGGCCCACCCAUCUGCCUCCUGUCCAAGGAAUGACCCAAGAUAAUCAAUUCCUGCUUUGCAUAAACAACACCUGAGGUUCAGAAAGAAGCAGAGACACUUUGCCACUGGUCCUCAGUUUUGUCCUCUCACCUUCCCAUCAGGAUAUAGACUUUGCCAGUAGGGUGGUGGGUAGAUAAUUUGACCCGUUUCUGUGAUUCUUCAGCUGCUGUAAUAGGCCUGACUUUUCUGCGGUACUGUGUACUUUUUCUCAUCUGUGACCUUGCUGGAUCCCCAUAAAAAUCCUGUGAGUGGGAUGUGCUUUCACAGAGGGGUCUCCAGGGGCCUGGAAUUCACGGCUCCUUAAUGACAGAGCAAGGAUUAAGCCCUCACUUGUUCAGUCUCCAAGCCUGGGCUUUUCCUGUAGAGAAUCACAGAAUAAAGGUAGCAAGAAACAGGUCAGCAUUGACCCUCUUCAGAUGGCAGUUAGGGUAAGACUCAUAGCAGCAGCAUUACUUCUUACAGAUCCCAUUUGUUAAUGGCCUACCACUUCCAGGCACUUCCAAUUUGUUAGACCAGCAGAGACUCUCCUGGCCCAGGGAGUGUGCCCUAGAGGUGCCAUUGAUUUGAAGGAGCCGUUAUUAUGGCUCUUAAUGGGGCGGGGAGCUCUGCUACCCAGGGAGGGCUAUACAAGGGGCAGCUUCUAGGUGAUCAAUAAGCUCAGCUGGAUGGAAAAGCUGCAGAGUUGCUACAUGACACUCCUCCAUAGGUGAGGGGAGCUGGCUCAAGGAAGGUGGACAGGCCAAGGAGGGAGAGCUCAAGUGACCCUGCAUUUAGGCCACUGAUCUUGAGAGCUUAGCAAUCUUCCCUAGGAGUUGGGAGAAGAGCCUUUUUGAAGGUGGAAUUGAUUUCCUUAGACUCCACUAUGGUGUCCGGCUGCUAAGUCUUGGUGUUAGUUGCACAGGGACAGAAGGAGCCUGCAUAACAGUGGUGCCCUGGCUUUGGAGACCAAGUUGGGUCCCAAAUUGCUCUGUCCAUUACUGACCUGUGCCCUCACUCCAAGUCUCCUUCCUUUGCCGAGAAAUGAGGGGUUGGUUCUGGCUGCCCGGGACGGUUGCCCCUGAUGCACUCAGUGCUCUGGGGAUAUUAGAGAAGCUUCUGAGUUGGUGAGAAGAGUGCGGCAUGGUUGGGACUGCCUGGGUGUGAUGCCUCCAAACUCCACUUGGGACCUGUGUGAUGCUGGGCAGGUUGUUUAACUUGGAUGCCUUACCUUCUUUCUCUAAAGCCAUGUUCUCAACCUCAGCACUGCUGACAUUCUGAAUCUUUUUCUUUUUUUGGCCUGGAGCUGUCCUGUGCACUAUAGGAUGCCUCAUAACACCCUUUUCUCACCACCAGUUGUGACAACCAAAAAAUGUCUCCAGAAAUUUCCAGAUAUCCCUUGCGGAUCAGGUGUCACCUCAACAGAGAAAUACUGCUAAGACUGAAUAUAGUUCCCAACUCAUAGGAUGGUUGUGAGGAUUUAAUAAGCAUCUCUCUGUGAGGAACCUUGCAUUGUUUCUGGCAUACAGAAUAUUAGUUGUCUUUUUUUUUUUCAAGCAUGUUGAAUGCACUAAUUUUGUUUGCUUUUGCUAAAGUGGGAGCCUCUCAUACAGGGGAAAACCAUGGCCCAAAUCUCAAGAGUGACAAAUAUUUGUCACAAGGCUCUUCUUGGUGACUAAGAGUUUGUGUGUGGCGCUAGGAACAUGUGGUGGAAUCUGGAAAAGACCCCCUGACACUUUGCUCAGUUAUGGCUUGAUUGUCCCCAGGACAAAGCUGUCUGGGUGCGGGGGUGGUGCGGAUUGAGAUCAGACUGCUACCCCUGAACUCAGGCCCACCCCUGCCAGCAGCAGUGUGGAUUCAAAGCUCCAGGCCCCCAGGGAGCAGUUCUGUGGAUAUUGGACCGGGCUUGUUACAGCCGCCAAGUCAAGAGCCACAGGGAUGGCAGGUGUUUUGUGUUUUGCUGGUGUGUCAUGUAAACAUACUUUGUGGUCAACUUGCUUGUUUUUAAAAAGACCUAAAUGGUUUUUGCAGCUUUGGCUGUUUGGAUCUGCAUGUUGGACUAGGAGGAAAUGAUUAAGAAACACAACCCAAGUAAACCUGAGAGGUGCCACACCAGCCUCAUUAACCUACCACUCACCAAACACCAGCUCUGUAUAAGGCAGAGAGGAGAUUGGCGGAUAAGAGUCCUCAUCGGGGGAGGAGUUUAGUGGGGGAUGCGAGCACAUCAUGGAUAGUUGUGAAGAAAUUUGUAAUCAGUGCUUCAAAUGAUGAUGGAGCAAUGCUGAUAGCCUUCAUUUACUGCAUCUGGUACCCAUUAUGAGUGUGUUACUUGAGCCAAUUCAUUCAAUCCCUCAUCCUCUCUGAAAGGUAGAUACGCUGUCCAGCACAUAAAUGGGGACCUUGAAGCUUUUGAUGAUUAGAGAGUGAUCCCAAUCCCAGUCACCCAAGUGGGUGGAAGAGAUUCAAGGCGUCUUGUGGAAGGUACAGUGAGUGUAUAAGACUGGAUGUCAGGCAGAGCUGUGACUGAGAACUGGGGAGGUUGUGCAGAGCACAGAGGUCCCUAGACAGAGGGAACAGUGUGAGCAAAGACCUGGAAGCCAAGAUGUGUGUGUUGAAGAAUAGCAAGUAACCCUGUUUGGCUGGGAGCUUCAGAUAUAUAACGAGGAGAAGGAGGAGCAGGGGAGAUAACACAGGAAAAGGGAAAACUUUCCCACAUCUUUUAUCCAGAUGUUAAGAAGCCUGCCAGAGUGCAGGACAAGAGUUUUCCAAAACUGAUUUUAUAAAUCAGAAAUCGAGUGUGUCUGUUUCCCAGCUCAUCUUGACCACAGCCCCUGAGUCCCAUUACUCCUCUUGCUGAUUGAAAGCUGGACCUCAAAAAUGAGCCCAUUUGCUGUCCCAGCAGUAAGAGUAACAGAAGAGGACCUGACCCAAGCCAAUGUAGGUCGAAGGGCAUGAGGAACCUUCAGUCGGCCUUACUUAUCCUGUUGAGUUUGGCUUCUGAGUUGGUUGUUUCUUCCAUGGCCCUGAGCAGAGCAUUUCAGGCCAGAGCGAUCCCAGUACAGAUCAAAGUUAGGACUGGCAAACUCAUUAAAUGAGACCAUUGAAUUUGAUCUUGCCAAAGCAGGCUUCUCCACUGUGGAAGCAGGGAGCAACAUAAAACAAGAUGAGAUAAAAGCAUCCCAGAACAUUUUUUUUUUUUUUUUUUUUGGUUUUAAGUCUAACUUGAUAUGUUUAAUUUCCAGUUUGGGCCUUAUCCAAUGACAGCUCGAUUCUCAGAUGUCUAGUGCUUUUCUGGUGCUUGCUUCAGGUGCUUCUAGAGCAUCGAGAAAGAUUUCAAUCAUGUGACAUGCUUGAUAUUGCAGACCACCCUACAGCUCAUUUUCAUCUGGAUUGAACACCCUAGGGUCCAGCCAAAUUCUGCUGACAGCAAAAUGUGAAAGAUCAUCAGGGGCUUAGCUAAUAACUUGGGUGUUUGUCCUUUUCCUGACCCCAGUGUUAUGAAGGAAUUUUCUUGUCACUUCAGAAGAUAAACUCCAUGAACAUUAUUGCAAAAGUACGUACAGGGUCAUUUAUAGUUAGUGAUUUGAGGUCCACUAUUUUGAAAGUGAGCUAGGAAGUGUCCCAUGAGGAGAGAAAAUUAAAUAGGAAAAGAGCUUGGAAAUACUGAAGCGAUAAGGUUAGGUUUGGGGAGAGAUUGAAUUUGGCCCUCAAAGUGUAAAACAGGCCUUCUAGUCAGAAAAACCAUCCCUACAAUUGAGGACACGCUCUCACUGAAAACUUUUUUUUUUUUCUCAUGGUGCUGGGGAUCCACCCAGGGCCUCUCACAUGCUCGGCGAGUGCUCUACCACUGAGCUAUGCUUGCAACCCCUUUGACUGAAAACUUUAAAACUUUUUUUCCCCUUCUUCUUUAGAGUAGGAAAAUGAGUACUUGCUGUGAGGAGAGCUAUUAGUAAACCCAGCAAAGGCUCACAUUCCAGGCAAGUAUGUGUGCAGAAAUGUCUAGGACAAUUCAGUGCAGACAACUGUGGAUUUGGAUCCAGAAAAUUCUGGGCUGAAGUUUGCCCCCUCUGUGACCAGAGUGAAUCAUUGUAUUUUCUUGGAGCUCUCCGUCUGUGGUGUGAAGAGGUUGGCCUAGAUUCUCCAGGGGCCUUUCGGUCUCUGAUAAUGUUUCUGGACCCCACAAGGACACUGUGAAAUCAUUUCUCUAAGGUCAAGCCCUGUAAUUAGUAUCCUCAGGAAAGAAACAGCCCAGGAUGGAACUGGAUGUGCUCUCUGAAGGCCCAGCUGAGUCGCAGGACUGAGGGCCAUAGUUUUUCUAUUAGCAUGAACUGUGAUUACUGUACUUAGAAUUUUGCUUUCCCCUGCCCUGAAGAUGAGUUCUGUGUGCUUUUGGCUGACCUAAAGCACUUGACAGCUGUGUCCAGGCCCUGGCAGGCCCGCACUGUGGCGAGAUCCAGCUCCGAGGUGACUUCAUACAGCCAGUGUUUGAAGCCUGUCUACCCAGACUUGGGUAUUUAUAGCUGGGGAGCAGCUAGAAAGAGAAAAAAAUUAAAUAUGCUACACCCUUCUUUAUCCUAUGUGGGACAGAGACAGGCAUUGUAAGGAAUUUAGAAGGCGGUCCUGUAUAAUCCAGCAAGAUAUUUUUAAAUGCUGUUUGUUGCAGUUGGCAGGGCCGGUUUUUCAAAGAGGAGGGAAAAUUAGAGUAACUGAGGAUAACAGGCUGCCAGGAAUUCUGAAGGCCGAGACGUGGUGCUUGGUGCUCUGAGGUGUACGGGACUCUAACUUCCUUCCUAGACCCCAGGCUUGAGCAGGACUUGGGAAGGUGGGAUGGAAGCAAGGUAAACGGGGUGGAUUGUGUGGCCCCCUUCCCCACCAGCCCAACCAUCUUCCAGAUCCUAAGCUGAAAGUCAGCUGAGGGCUAGUGCCUGGUGUCCAGGAACAAGUUGCUUCUUGAAAACUAGGGACCCAGUGGUUUUUUCUUCAACUCAUUUCUGUAGCUGGCUAAAUCAGCUUGUACUUGGAGACUCAACUUGGAAGCAAGUUGCUUGCAGCUGUUCUUCUGGCCUUAAUCCUCCCAGGGCACGUCACACAGGCCAGAACUGUGCUGGGACCUAGCUGAAUAGCAGGUGACGGGGCCUCAGGGGUAGAGCUGCGUGAAAAGACAUCAGGAUGACCCCUCGCCUGUCCAGUGGAUGCUCAGAAAGUGUCCUAGGCAGUGUUUUCUACCCUCUUGGUUCCCCGCUCACACACACUGGGGUUUGAAUGCAUGGGGUGCUCUACCACUGAGCCACAUCUGGAGCCCUUUUUAUUUAUUUACUUAUUUAUUUUUGUUUUGAGACAGGAUCUCACUAAGUUUCCCAAGCUGGCCUCCAACUUGUGAUCCUCCUGCCUCAGCUUCCUGGGUUGCUGGGAUUACAGGCAUGCACCACUGUGCCCAGCUCACUGGUCUUUAAGGAGAAGACAGUGUUUAGGGUGGUGGGCCUCUGGAUUAGGAGCAGGGGAGAGACUCAGAGUGUGGUUUGUUCAUUAACAAAUUUCGACUGAGGAUUUACUGUGUACCGGGACUGUUCCAAAUAUUGGCAAUAAAACAUAAAUAAAAGAUCAGAAGAAGAGAGAGUGCUGGCCCUGCAGAUAAUGAGGAAGAGCAGGCCACAUGGAGGCCAGCGUGGCAGGAGAAGAUAACUCCAAGUGGAGGGAAUAGCAGGUGUCCUCUCCCUCCCCGCGUACUUCAGUCCCUACAAUGGAGGGUCCCUGGGCCACGAUGAGCGAGCCGAUGCCUAUGCCCAGCUGGAGCUCCGGACCCUGGAGCAGUCUCUCCUGGCCACCUGCGUGGGCAGCAUCUCGGAGCUGAGUGACCUGGUCUCUCGAGCCAUGCACCACAUGCAGGGGCGCCACCCCUUGUGUCCAGGCACCAGCCCCGCCCGCCAGGCCCGCCAGCCGCCACAGCCCAUCACCUGGUCCCCGGAUGCCCUCCACACACUCUACUACUUCCUGCGGUGUCCACAGAUGGAGUCCAUGGAGAAUCCCAACCUGGAUCCCCCAAGAAUGACCCUGAACAAUGAACGGCCCUUCAUGCUGCUGCCACCGCUGAUGGAGUGGAUGCGCGUGGCCAUUACCUAUGCAGAGCACCGCCGCAGCCUCACGGUGGACAGCGGCGACAUCCGGCAGGCAGCCCGGCUCCUGCUGCCCGGCCUGGACUGCGAGCCCCGACAGCUCAAACCCGAGUGCUGUUUCAGUUCCUUCCGGAGGCUGGAUGCCCGAGCUGCUACUGAAAAAUUCAACCAGGACCUGGGUUUCCGCAUGCUCAACUGCGGGAGGACGGACCUCAUCAACCAGGCCAUCGAGGCCCUGGGGCCGGACGGGGUGAACACCAUGGAUGACCAGGGUAUGACACCGCUGAUGUACGCGUGUGCUGCGGGGGACGAGGCCAUGGUACAGAUGCUCAUUGAUGCUGGGGCAAAUCUGGAUGUCCAGGUUCCAAGCAACUCUCCCAGGCACCCCUCCAUCCACCCUGAUAGCAGGCACUGGACCUCCCUGACAUUUGCCGUGCUGCAUGGACACAUCUCUGUAGUCCAGCUGCUGCUGGAUGCUGGUGCCCAUGUGGAGGGCUCAGCAGUGAACAGUGGUGAGGACAGCUAUGCGGAGACACCCCUGCAGCUGGCCUCUGCGGCUGGGAACUACGAACUGGUCAGCUUGCUGCUGGGCCGAGGCGCCGACCCCCUCCUCAGCAUGCUCGAGGCCAAUGGCAUGGCGUCCUCCCUCCACGAGGACAUGAACUGCUUCAGCCACUCAGCCGCCCACGGCCACAGGAAUGUCCUGAGGAAGCUCCUGACUCAGCCACAACAGGCCAAAGCAGAUGUGCUGUCCCUGGAGGAGAUCCUGGCUGAAGGCGUGGAGGAAAGUGACACCUCGAGCCAGGGCAGCGGCAGCGAGGGGCCCAUGCGGCUGAGCCGAACACGCACGAAGGCCCUGCAGGAGGCCAUGUACUACAGCGCUGAGCACGGCUACGUGGACAUCACCAUGGAGCUGAGGGCACUGGGUGUCCCCUGGAAGCUGCACAUCUGGAUCGAGUCUCUGCGGACCUCCUUCUCCCAGUCGAGGUACUCGGUGGUGCAGAGCCUGCUGCGGGACUUCAGCUCCAUCAAGGAGGAGGAAUACAAUGAGGAGCUGGUGACCGAGGGUUUGCAGCUCAUGUUUGACAUCCUCAAGACCAGCAAGAAUGACUCAGUCAUCCAGCAGCUGGCCACCAUCUUCACACACUGCUACGGCAGCAGCCCCAUCCCCAGCAUCCCAGAGAUCCGGAAGACCCUGCCAGCCAGGCUAGACCCUCACUUUCUGAACAACAAGGAGAUGUCAGAUGUGACCUUCCUGGUAGAAGGAAAGCUGUUUUAUGCACACAAAGUCCUGCUGGUGACAGCUUCCAACAGGUUCAAGACACUAAUGACCAAUAGAUCAGAACAAGAUGGGGACAGCAGCAAGACCAUCGAGAUCAGCGACAUGAAGUACCACAUUUUUCAGAUGAUGAUGCAGUACCUGUACUACGGAGGGACAGAGUCCAUGGAAAUCCCCACUGCUGACAUCUUGGAGCUGCUGUCUGCUGCCAGCCUGUUCCAGCUGGACGCACUGCAGAGGCACUGUGAGAUCCUGUGCUCACAGACCCUCAGUGUGGAGAGCGCUGUGAACACCUACAAAUAUGCCAAGAUCCACAAUGCCCCAGAACUGGCCCUGUUCUGCGAGGGCUUCUUCCUCAAGCACAUGAAAGCCCUGCUGGAGCAGGACGCCUUCCGGCAGCUCAUCUACGGCCGCAGCAGCAAAGUGCAGGGCCUGGACCCGCUGCAGGACCUGCAGAGCACCCUGGCCGAGCGUGUGCACUCUGUCUACGUCACUUCCCGAGUGUGAGGCAGAAGCGGGAACAGCUGGCCCACACCAUGGGGGUACAAAAAGGUGCCAGGAACAGAACCACCAGGGCCCUGAAGAGGAGACAUAGGCGCUCAUGGGGCUGUUCCCUUCCUUCCCCCAGACACCCACCCUGGUGUUGAUAGAUCCGGGUAGGCAGAUGGCCCUGAGCCAACCCAUCAUGCUAGGCAGCCUCAACCCUGAGCUAAUGGAUUCAACAGCCAGUGACUGGCAAAGGGGCGUAUGGCACUUCUCUGUACAUUUUUACCUUAAGGACUUCCCAGCACCCCCACCGCAUGCCCUUUCCCCUCAGAUGGUCGGACCUGCUCCUGAACUUACCCCUGCUCCAAGCUGUACCUGCCCCUGGGCCUCACUGAGCUCUGACCAUCGAAGCUGGGGCUCUUGGGACGGUGGGCAUACUAAUGAAUGUAUAGAAUGUAACCUCUGAGCCCAGACCAUUCAGUGCAAAAGCUGGUAUUUUCCUAAGUGUCCAGAGGAAAGGCCGCCCAAAUUCCCGCACCUGUCCUUCAGGCUGUGCCUUUGAAAGGCUUGACAGGGGCCUGCUUUGAGUCUUCCAUUUUCUCUGGAGCCUGGGCCGACAGAGACCCUCUUUUUAGGACUGCUAACUUACAAUUCCAGCUGAUGGCUUCUGAGGCCAGGGUGCUGGCAGAGCUCAGUGGCCUUAGCUAUGGCUGCUGUUGUUAGGGUCCAAAGUAAAGGGGGGAUUCUGGAACCUCAGGCCUAGACCUAGGCUACCUGUUGGCUCAGGCGGCAGCACCUACUCGUCCUCCCUGGCUGAGUCUCUCAAAUGAAAGGUUUCUUUAACUCAGGACUAGAGAGAGGGCCCACUUCUCAUUGUGGCUCUUGGGCAAAAAGGACAGGGCAGUGGUGGAAGGGCUGGGAGAAGAGGCCCUUCAGCAGAGUACCCCCACAACUUCCCAGUCUUUGGGCUCUCCUGGGGUAGAGAGAGACCAAAAACUGGCCUGUUUAUUAUGGACCAGACAUUGGGGCAACGUCAAAGACAGCUUGCUCUAGGUGGAGCCUGGCUGCACCUUAGAAACUAUUUAUUCAUCAAAAGCCCCAGGCAUUUUCAGGAGAUGUCACUUGCUCAGCCUGAAAAGCCCCUGGGGCUUGCAAUCCUAGAAAAUAUUUUCAACUAGCUGCUUGAGCUGGAUGUACAAAGGAAUAGGUGUUAUUUUAUUGCUGUAAUAUUGUAUGAUACAGUAACUGUAUAUUAAUGUCACUUAUUGUAAAUGUACCAUGGUUUUAUUAACAAUAAACUCAUUAACAGUAA